UCUCUCAGCUGGCUGGUGAACGCCAAGCAUUCUGGCGCCUGGCUGCCUGGGCUCAUUGCUGACCCCCCUUCGCUAAGGACCCAAAUCCCUACAGAACCAGCGCGGAAUUACUUUCCAUUCAGGGAGGCUGAAAUCAGUGAUUUGUGGCGUUCUCCUUUGCAGCGGUGUUUUCCUGUUGUGUUAAAUGCCUCUCACUAAGUAAUAGAUGUGAUUUAUGUGGAUGGCGGAGGGUUGUUCGGCGGACUCGGUGAUUAAUAGUGACUUCCAUCGGCGGGCAUCUCUCUGCCCCUCUUGCGUGAUGUAAGAUCAGACGUACCCUGCAUUGAAAAGUCAAGACACACGAGCGCCUCGGUGGCGCUCACACACGCUCUCCGCACGCGCGCAUCCGCACACCUUCCACAUCCUGCUCCGGGCAGGGGAAGGAGGACUGUCUGGACUCACUGAGCCGAGAAUUCCCAGUGACAUUUGUAAAUGACGCGACGACUCCAUUCCGGGCUGUUAGCCGCCGCCGCCGCCGCCGCCGGGCCGAGGGUGUUUCGGAGCAGUCUGCAGCGCAGGCUUCCUCGGGCGACCACGAUGUCCGAGUUUCUCCUCGCCAUCCUCACUCUCUCAGGAUUAUUGCCUAGCGCCGAAGUGCUGACGGUGAGAGCCGACCAAGAUCAGCAGCUGUGUGGUCCUGGUGAAUUUCUUUGCCACGAUCAUGUGACUUGUAUCUCCCAGAACUGGCUGUGUGAUGGGGACCCGGACUGCCCCGACGAUUCGGACGAGGCUGUAGACACCUGUCCUGAGAAGGUGGAAAUGAAAUGCCCCCUGAAUUAUGUCAUUUGCCGUGGUGCCAGGAUGUGUAUCCAUUUAUCACAACUGUGCAACGGAGUGUUGGACUGCUCAGAUGGCGAUGAUGAAGGCAUGCAUUGUCAGGAAUUGCUAUCCAGUUGUCAGCAGCUGAAUUGCCAGUUUAAAUGUGCAGUGGUCAGAAACAGUACACGAUGCUACUGUAAGGAUGGAUUUGAAGUGGCAGAAGAUGGGAGAAGCUGCAAAGAUCACGAUGAAUGCGCCAUUUAUGGUGCAUGCAGCCAGACCUGCUUGAAUACAUAUGGAUCCUAUGCUUGCAGUUGUGUGGAGGGCUACAUAAUGCAGUCAGACAACAGGUCCUGCAAGGUCAAAAAUGAACCUACAGAUAGGCCACCUCUGUUGCUAAUUUCAACUUCUGAAACAAUUGAGAUCUUCUACAUCAAUGGAAGCAAAGUGGCAGCUCUGAGCUCAGCCAACAGGAAGGAGAUUCACACUCUAGAUUUUCUCUAUAAUGAAGAAAUGAUUUGUUGGAUUGAAUCAAGAGAGUCUUCAAAUCAACUCAAAUGUAUCCAGAUGUCAAAAACAGGAAAAUUAACAGAUGAAAGGAUAAUUAAUAUUCUUCAGUCUUUCCAUAAUGUAGAGCAGAUGGCGAUUGACUGGCUCACCAGAAAUCUCUACUUCGUGGACCAUGUCAGUGACCGGAUCUUUGUUUGUAAUUACAAUGGGUCAAUAUGUGUCACCCUGAUUGAGCUGGAGCUUCACAAUCCCAAGGCAAUAGCAGCAGAUCCCAUUGCAGGAAAACUUUUUUUUACUGACUAUGGGAAUGUUGCCAAAGUAGAGAGAUGUGACAUGGAUGGGACGAACAGAAUACGGAUCAUCGACUCCAAGGCAGAGCAGCCAGCUGCACUGGCACUGGACCUCGUCAACAGAUUGGUUUACUGGGUAGAUCUCUACUUGGACUAUGUGGGAGUAGUAGACUAUCAAGGAAAAAAUAGACAUAUUGUCAUUCAAGGAAGAGAAGUCAGACAUAUCUAUGGUAUAACUGUGUUUGAAGACUAUUUGUAUGCAACCAAUUCAGAUAACCUUAAUAUUGUAAGAAUAAACCGAUUUAAUGGUACUGAUAUCCAUUCAUUAAUUAAAAUGGAAAGUGCUCGAGGAAUCCGAAUCUAUCAAAAAAGAUCCCAACCAGCAGUCAGAACCCAUGCCUGUGAAGUUGAUGCAUAUGGAAUGCCAGGGGGAUGUUCACACAUCUGUCUGCUCAGCAGCAGCUACAAGACACGGACCUGUCGCUGCAGGACUGGCUUCAACUUGGGGAGUGAUGGCAGAUCAUGCAAAAGACCAAAGAAUGAGUUGUUCCUUUUUUAUGGGAAAGGACGCCCAGGAAUUGUUAGAGGAAUGGACUUGAAUACCAAGAUAGCUGAUGAAUGCAUGAUCCCCAUAGAAAAUCUGGUAAACCCGCGUGCUUUAGAUUUUCAUGCAGAAGCCAAUUACAUCUACUUUGCUGACACAACCAGUUUCCUAAUUGGCCGGCAGAAGAUAGAUGGCACAGAGAGAGAAACCAUCCUGAAAGAUGAUCUGGAUAAUGUAGAAGGCAUCGCUGUGGACUGGAUUGGAAAUAACCUUUACUGGACAAAUGAUGGUCAUAGGAAAACCAUCAAUGUGGCCAGGCUAGAAAAGGCUUCUCAGAGUCGGAAAACACUGCUAGAGGGAGAAAUGUCCCAUCCCAGAGGAAUUGUGGUAGACCCAGUCAAUGGUUGGAUGUAUUGGACAGACUGGGAAGAAGAUGAAAUAGAUGACAGCGUGGGAAGGAUCGAGAAGGCUUGGAUGGAUGGCUUCAAUCGUCAGAUCUUUGUGACUUCAAAGAUGCUGUGGCCAAACGGUUUAACUCUGGACUUUCACACCAACACAUUAUACUGGUGUGAUGCCUAUUAUGAUCAUAUUGAAAAAGUGUUUCUGAAUGGAACUCACAGAAAGAUUGUUUACAGUGGAAAAGAGUUGAACCAUCCUUUUGGAUUGUCACACCAUGGGAAGUAUGUUUUCUGGACUGAUUACAUGAAUGGUUCCAUUUUUCAACUAGAUUUGAUAACCAGUGAAGUAACGUUACUGAGGCACGAAAGACCUCCCCUGUUUGGACUUCAGAUUUAUGAUCCACGAAAGCAACAAGGUGACAAUAUGUGCCGCAUAAACAAUGGGGGAUGCAGCAUGCUGUGCUUGGCCAUUCCAGCAGGCCGAGUGUGUGCUUGUGCUGACAACCAGCUUUUGGAUGAAAAUGGGACAAGUUGCACAUUUAAUCCUGGAGAAAUAAUACCUCAUAUAUGCAAACCCGGAGAAUUUCGUUGUAAAAACAGACACUGUGUCCAAGCUCGGUGGCUAUGUGAUGGUGAUGAUGACUGUCUAGAUGGGAGCGAUGAGGACUCCGUCACUUGCUUCAAUCAUAGCUGUCCUGAUGAUCAGUUUAAAUGUCAGAAUAAUCGCUGUAUCCCCAAGAGAUGGCUUUGUGAUGGAGCUAAUGAUUGUGGUAGCAAUGAAGAUGAAUCCAACCAAACCUGUGCAGCCAGAACCUGCCAGACUGACCAGUUUUCUUGUGGAAAUGGACGUUGCAUUCCCACAGCAUGGCUGUGUGACAGGGAGGACGACUGUGGGGACCAGACAGAUGAAGUGGCAUCCUGUGAAUUUCCAACUUGUGAGCCUCUCACUCAAUUUAUAUGCAAAAGUGGACGAUGCAUUAGCAGUAAAUGGCACUGUGACACUGAUGACGAUUGUGGGGACAGGAGUGAUGAGGUGGGCUGUGUUCACUCUUGCUUUGAUAAUCAGUUCAGAUGUUCCAGUGGCCGGUGUAUUCCAGGUCAUUGGGCCUGUGAUGGUGACAAUGACUGUGGAGACUUCAGUGAUGAAAUACAAGUCAAUUGUACUAAAGAAGAGGUUCACUCCCCUGCUGGGUGUAAUGGGAACGAAUUUCAAUGCAAACCUGAUGGAAACUGCAUUCCUGAUCUGUGGCGCUGUGAUGGGGAGAAAGACUGUGAAGAUGGCAGUGAUGAAAAAGGAUGCAAUGGUACAAUUCGACUGUGUGACCACAAAACCAAGUUCUCCUGCAGGAGCACAGGGAGAUGCAUCAACAAUGCCUGGGUGUGUGAUGGAGAUAUCGACUGUGAAGAUCAAUCUGAUGAAGAAGACUGUGACAGUUUUUUGUGUGGACCGCCCAAGUACCCUUGUGCUAACGAUACUUCUGUAUGCCUGCAGCCAGAGGAACUCUGCAAUGGGGAGAGGGACUGCCCAGAUGGGUCUGAUGAAGGCGACCUUUGCGAUGAAUGUUCUCUGAACAACGGAGGCUGUAGCAACCACUGUUCAGUUGUUCCUGGAAGAGGAAUUGUCUGUUCCUGCCCAGAAGGACAUCAGCUCAAGCAAGACAAUAAAACCUGUGAAAUUGUGGAUUACUGUGCCACCCACCUGAGGUGCAGCCAAGUGUGUGAGCAGCGUAAGCACACAGUCAAGUGCUCCUGUUACGAAGGCUGGAAGCUGGCUGUGGACGGGGAAAGCUGCACCAGUGUUGAUCCUUUUGAAGCAUUCAUCAUCUUUUCUAUCCGCCAUGAGAUCCGAAGGAUUGAUCUGCAUAAAAGGGACUACAGUCUGCUCGUUCCUGGACUGAGAAACACCAUAGCACUUGAUUUUCACUUCAAUCAAAGUUUACUCUACUGGACAGAUGUUGUAGAAGACAGAAUAUACCGUGGCAAGCUUUCUGAGAGUGGGGGUGUCAGUGCCAUAGAAGUGGUUGUGGAACAUGGCCUGGCAACCCCAGAAGGUCUGACGGUCGACUGGAUAGCAGGAAACAUAUACUGGAUAGAUAGCAAUCUAGACCAAAUCGAAGUGUCCAAACUAGAUGGUUCUCUGAGAGCUACACUGAUAGCAGGGGCCAUGGAGCACCCGAGGGCUAUCGCCCUGGACCCGAGAUAUGGAAUUCUUUUCUGGACAGACUGGGAUGCCAAUUUUCCUCGCAUUGAAUCUGCCUCUAUGAGUGGUGCUGGAAGAAAAACCAUCUACAAAGACAUGAAAACCGGGGCGUGGCCUAACGGACUGACAGUUGACCACUUUGAAAAAAGGAUAGUUUGGACAGAUGCCAGGUCAGACGCAAUUUAUUCAGCUCUUUAUGAUGGAACAAACAUGAUAGAGAUAAUACGAGGCCAUGAAUACCUGUCACAUCCCUUUGCUGUGUCUUUAUAUGGGAGUGAGGUGUACUGGACAGACUGGAGGACUAAUACGCUGUCCAAAGCCAACAAGUGGACAGGGCAGAAUGUAAGUGUGAUUCAGAAGACCAGUGCACAGCCAUUCGACUUGCAAAUAUACCAUCCCAGUCGACAGCCACAAGCUCCCAAUCCUUGCGCAGCCAAUGCGGGCAGAGGCCCCUGCUCUCAUCUGUGUCUGAUCAAUCAUAAUAGGAGCGCUGCAUGUGCCUGCCCCCACUUGAUGAAGCUUUCCUCUGACAAAAAGACCUGCUACGAAAUGAAGAAAUUCCUUCUUUAUGCAAGACGCUCAGAAAUCCGAGGAGUGGACAUUGACAAUCCAUACGUUAACUUCAUCACUGCUUUCACUGUCCCAGAUAUUGAUGAUGUUGCCGUGAUAGACUUUGAUGCCUCUGAAGAACGUUUGUACUGGACGGAUAUCAAAACACAAACCAUAACACGGGCUUUCAUUAAUGGAACAGGGCUAGAAACAGUUAUUUCAAGAGAUAUUCAAAGUAUCAGAGGGCUAGCAGUGGACUGGGUCUCACGUAAUUUGUACUGGAUUAGCUCAGAAUUUGAUGAAACACAAAUAAAUGUGGCAAGGCUAGAUGGCUCUUUGAAAACCUCAAUUAUCCAUGGGAUCGAUAAGCCACAGUGUCUGGCAGCUCACCCAGUCAGGGGGAAACUGUACUGGACAGAUGGAAAUACAAUUAACAUGGCAAAUAUGGAUGGGAGUAACAGCAAGAUUCUCUUUCAGAACCAAAAGGAACCAGUUGGUCUAUCGAUAGACUAUGUGGAAAACAAGCUCUAUUGGAUCAGUUCGGGAAAUGGAACCAUAAAUAGAUGCAACCUGGAUGGUGGUAAUUUAGAAGUAAUAGAGUCAAUGAAGGAAGAAUUAACAAAAGCUACAGCCUUAACCAUCAUGGAUAAGAAACUUUGGUGGGCAGAUCAAAACUUAGCUCAGUUGGGAACCUGUAACAAAAGAGAUGGAAGAAACCCCACCAUCCUGCGAAAUAAGACCUCGGGAGUUGUUCACAUGAAAGUGUAUGAUAAAGAAGCACAGCAAGGCAGCAAUUCCUGUCAUCUAAAUAAUGGCGGGUGCUCUCAGCUCUGUUUACCAACAUCAGAAACUACAAGGACUUGCAUGUGUACAGUGGGCUAUCACCUCCAAAAGAAUCGCAUGUCCUGCCAAGGCAUAGAAUCUUUUCUUAUGUAUUCUGUUCACGAAGGAAUCCGAGGGAUACCUCUUGAACCAAGUGACAAAAUGGAUGCUUUGAUGCCUAUAUCAGGAACUUCAUUUGCUGUGGGGGUAGACUUUCAUGCAGAAAACGACACCAUCUACUGGACAGACAUGGGCUUCAAUAAAAUCAGUCGAGCUAAAAGAGAUCAGACAUGGAAAGAAGAUGUCAUUACCAAUGGCUUGGGAAGAGUGGAAGGGAUAGCAGUUGACUGGAUUGCUGGUAACAUAUACUGGACAGAUCAUGGUUUCAACCUAAUUGAAGUUGCAAGACUGAAUGGUUCUUUCCGUUAUGUAAUUAUUUCCCAAGGCCUGGAUCAACCAAGAUCUGUAGCUGUGCACCCAGAGAAAGGCUUCUUGUUCUGGACUGAGUGGGGACAGAUGCCCUGCAUUGGGAAGGCUCGUCUUGAUGGUUCUGAGAAGGUCGUGCUUGUGAGCAUGGGAAUAGCGUGGCCCAAUGGCAUCUCCAUUGACUAUGAGGAAAAUAAGUUGUACUGGUGUGAUGCCCGCACAGACAAGAUAGAGAGAAUCGACCUUGAGACUGGAGGGAAUCGCGAGAUGGUGCUGUCAGGGAGCAAUGUGGAUCUGUUUUCAGUUGCGGUCUUCGGGGCUUACAUCUACUGGUCUGACAGAGCACACGCUAAUGGCUCGGUGAGAAGAGGCCACAAGAACGAUGCAACAGAAGCUGUCACCAUGAGAAGUGGCCUUGGAGUCAACUUGAAGGAGAUCAAAAUAUUUACCAGAGUAAGAGAGAAAGGGACCAAUGUCUGUGCUGAGGACAAUGGUGGCUGUAAGCAGCUCUGUCUUUAUCGAGGAAAUUCCCAGAGAACCUGUGCUUGUGCCCACGGAUACUUGGCAGAGGAUGGAGUUACUUGCUUAAGGCACGAAGGCUAUUUGCUAUAUUCAGGAAGAACAAUAUUAAAAAGUAUACAUCUUUCUGAUGAAACCAACUUAAAUUCCCCAGUAAGGCCCUUUGAGAAUCCACAUUACUUCAAAAAUAUCAUAGCUUUGGCCUUUGACUAUAAUCAAAGAAGAAAAGAUACCAACCGGAUCUUUUACAGUGAUGCACACUUUGGAAAUAUACAGCUUAUUAGAGAUAAUUGGGAAGACAGACAAGUAAUCGUUGAAAAUGUUGGUUCAGUUGAGGGACUUGCCUACCACAGAGCCUGGGAUACUCUAUACUGGACCAGCUCCACUACAUCAUCCAUCACCAGGCACACAGUGGACCAGACUAAGCCUGGAGCGUUUGACAGAGAAGCAGUCAUCACCAUGUCUGAGGAUGACCACCCUCAUGUGUUAGCCUUGGAUGAAUGCCAAAAUUUAAUGUUUUGGACCAACUGGAAUGAACAUCAUCCCAGUAUCAUGAGGGCCACCCUGACUGGGAAGAAUGCACACGUGGUAGUCAGCACAGAAAUACUUACCCCAAACGGACUCACCAUCGACCACCGAGCCGAGAAGCUGUAUUUCUCAGACGGCAGCUUGGGAAAAAUUGAAAGGUGUGAAUAUGAUGGAUCCCAGAGACAUGUGGUUGUCAAAUCUGGCCCAGGGACUUUUCUUAGUCUGGCAGUUUAUGACAAUUAUAUCUUUUGGUCAGACUGGGGAAGAAGAGCUAUUUUGCGUUCCAACAAGUACACAGGAGGAGAUACAAAAAUUCUUCGUUCUGAUAUCCCACAUCAACCAAUGGGAAUCAUAGCUGUUGCCAAUGACACCAAUAGCUGUGAGCUCUCUCCAUGCUCAGUGUUGAAUGGAGGCUGCCACGACCUCUGCCUUUUAACACCUGAUGGAAGAGUGAAUUGCUCCUGCAGAGGGGACCGGAUAUUGCUGAAGAACAACAGAUGUGUGACUAAGAACUCUUCUUGUAACAUCUACUCUGAGUUUGAGUGUGGGAAUGGUGAAUGCAUUGACUAUCUGCACACCUGUGAUGGCAUCCCGCAUUGUAAGGAUAAAUCAGAUGAAAAGCUGCUCUACUGUGAAAACAGAAGUUGUCGAAAUGGGUUUAAACCUUGCUACAAUCGUCGAUGCAUUCCACACGGCAAACUAUGUGAUGGGACGGAUGACUGUGGAGACAACUCUGAUGAACUAGACUGUAAAGUUUCAACCUGUGCCACAGUUGAGUUCCGCUGUGCAGAUGGAACUUGCAUUCCAAGAUCAGCACGUUGCAACCAGAACGUCGACUGCGCAGAUGCUUCUGAUGAAAAGAACUGCAACUAUACAGACUGCACCCAUUUCUAUAAACUUGGAGUGAAAACCACGGGAUUCAUAAGCUGUAACUCUACCUCGCUAUGUGUUCUGCCAACUUGGCUGUGUGAUGGGUCUAAUGACUGUGGAGAUUAUUCAGAUGAAUUAAAGUGCCCAGUUCAAAACAAACACAAAUGUGAAGAAAAUUAUUUUGGUUGCCCAAGUGGAAGGUGCAUUUUGAAUACGUGGCUCUGCGAUGGUCAGAAGGACUGUGAGGAUGGACGAGACGAGCUUCACUGUGAUUCCUCUUGCUCUUGGAACCAGUUUGCUUGUUCUGCACAAAAAUGUAUUUCUAAGCAUUGGAUUUGUGAUGGAGAAGAUGAUUGUGGGGACGGGUUAGAUGAAGGUGACAGUAUUUGUGGUGCUGUCACCUGUGCUGCUGACAUGUUCAGCUGCCAGGGUUCCCAUGCCUGUGUGCCACUGCACUGGCUUUGUGACGGUGAGAGGGACUGUCCUGAUGGGAGCGAUGAGCUCUCCACAGCGGGCUGCGCUCCCAAUAAUACAUGUGAUGAAAAUGCUUUCAUGUGCCAUAAUAAAGUGUGCAUUCCAAAGCAGUUCGUGUGUGACCAUGAUGAUGACUGUGGAGACGGCUCAGAUGAGUUUCUGCAGUGUGGAUACCGGCAGUGUGGUGCAGAGGAGUUCCGCUGUGCUGACGGGCGCUGCCUGCUAAAUACUCAAUGGCAAUGUGAUGGUGACUUCGACUGUCCUGACAGGUCUGAUGAAGCACCAAUCAACCCCGGGUGCAGGAGUGCAGAACAGUCAUGCAACAGUUCAUUUUUUAUGUGCAAAAAUGGCAGGUGCAUUCCCAAUGGUGGUCUCUGUGACAAUACGGAUGACUGUGGUGAUGGCUCAGAUGAGAGGAACUGCCAUAUAAAUGAAUGUUUGAGUAAGAAAGUCAGUGGAUGUUCUCAAGAUUGUCAGGAUUUGCCAGUCAGCUACAAGUGCAAAUGUUGGCCUGGAUUCCAACUGAAGAAUGAUGGUAAAACAUGUGUAGACAUUGACGAAUGCUCUUCGGGUUUUCCCUGUAGUCAGCAAUGCAUCAAUACCUAUGGGACCUACAAGUGCCUCUGUGCAGAUGGCUAUGAAAUAAAACCUGAUAACCCAAACGGCUGCAAGUCACUCUCAGAUGAAGAACCCUUUCUCAUUCUCGCCGAUCAACAUGAGAUAAGGAAAAUUAGCACAGACGGCUCCAACUACACACUUCUAAAACAGGGAUUAAACAAUGUUAUUGCUAUCGACUUUGAUUAUAGAGAAGAAUUUAUCUAUUGGAUUGAUUCUAGCAGACCAAAUGGAAGUCGCAUAAAUAGAAUGUGCCUAAACGGAAGUGACAUCAAGGUAGUGCAUAACACCGCUGUCCCCAAUGCACUUGCUGUUGAUUGGAUUGGAAAAAAUCUCUAUUGGUCUGACACAGAGAAAAGGAUAAUUGAAGUAUCCAAACUCAACGGCUUGUAUCCUACUGUACUCGUUAGCAAAAGACUGAAGUUUCCCAGGGACCUGUCUUUAGAUCCUCGAGCCGGGUAUUUGUAUUGGAUUGACUGCUGUGAGUACCCUCAUAUUGGCCGUGUUGGAAUGGAUGGAUCCAAUCAAAGUGUUGUCAUAGAAACAAAGGUUUCUAGACCUCUGGCACUAACAAUAGAUUAUGUGAAUCAUAGACUCUACUGGGCUGAUGAAAAUCACAUUGAAUUUAGCAACAUGGAUGGAUCUCGUAGACAGAAAGUCCCUAAUCAAGAUAUUCCAGGGGUGAUUGCACUAACAUUGUUUGAAGACUACAUCUACUGGACUGAUGGGAAAACCAAGUCACUCAGCCGUGCCCAUAAAACCUCGGGAGCAGACAGACUCUCACUGAUUAACUCAUGGCAUGCCAUCACAGAUAUCCAGGUGUAUCAUUCUUAUAGACAACCUGAUGUCUCCAAGCAUCUCUGCACAGUAAAUAAUGGUGGCUGCAGCCAUUUGUGCCUUUUAGCCCCUGGGAAGACCCACACCUGUGCGUGUCCCACCAACUUCUACCUUGCAGCUGAUAAUAAAACUUGUUUAUCCAACUGCACAGCCAGUCAGUUUCGAUGCAAAACUGAUAAGUGCAUCCCAUUUUGGUGGAAAUGUGACACUGUGGAUGACUGUGGCGAUGGAUCUGAUGAGCCCGAUGACUGUCCUGAAUUUAAAUGUCAGCCAGGACGAUUUCAGUGUGGAACAGGACUCUGUGCCCUGCCUGCUUUCAUCUGUGAUGGGGAGAAUGACUGUGGAGACAACUCUGAUGAACUCAACUGUGACACACAUGUCUGCCUGUCAGGUCAAUUCAAGUGCACAAAAACCCAAAAAUGUAUCCCAGUAAACCUCAGAUGUAACGGACAAGAUGAUUGUGGUGACGAGGAAGAUGAAAGGGACUGUCCUGAGAAUAGCUGCUCUCCUGACUAUUUCCAAUGUAAAACUACCAAACAUUGCAUCUCCAAGCUGUGGGUUUGUGAUGAGGAUCCUGACUGCGCAGAUGCAUCUGAUGAAGCCAAUUGUGAUAAAAAGACCUGUGGACCUCACGAAUUCCAGUGUAAGAACAACAACUGUAUCCCAGAUCACUGGCGGUGUGACAGCCAGAAUGACUGCAGCGAUAAUUCCGAUGAAGAAAACUGCAAGCCACAGACCUGUACACUGAAAGACUUCCUCUGCACCAAUGGGGACUGUGUUUCAUCGAGGUUCUGGUGUGAUGGAGAGUUUGACUGCGCAGAUGGUUCUGAUGAGAAAAAUUGUGAAACAAGUUGUUCCAAAGAUCAGUUCCAGUGUUCCAAUGGUCAGUGUCUGUCAGCAAAAUGGAAAUGUGAUGGCCACGAAGACUGUAAAUAUGGGGAAGAUGAGAAAAACUGUGAGCCAGCCUCUCAUACUUGCUCAUCAAACGAAUAUAUGUGUACCAGUGGAGGAUGUCUGGCAGCGUCUUUGAAAUGUAAUGGAGAACUCAAUUGUGCAGAUGGUUCAGAUGAGAUGAACUGUGUGACUGAAUGUAAGGAAGAUCAGUUUCGAUGCAAAAAUAGAGCAUACUGUGUUCCAAUUCGAUGGCUAUGUGACGGAAUUCAGGAUUGUGUGGAUGGCAGUGAUGAAGAGAGUUGUGGCAGAGGAGGAAAUACAUGCAGAGCCGAUGAGUUCCUUUGCAAUAACUCCCUUUGCAAGCUCAAUUUCUGGGUUUGUGAUGGAGAAGAUGACUGUGGAGACAACUCUGAUGAAGCUCCUGAGAUGUGUGUCAAAUUUCUUUGCCCACCUACAAGACCUCACCGAUGCAGAAAUAACAGAGUCUGCCUUCAACCUGAGAAAAUGUGUAACGGGGUUAAUGACUGUGGGGACAACUCAGAUGAAGAUCACUGUGGUGGUGAACUUACAUACAAAUCUAGGCCUUGUAAGAAGGAUGAGUUUGCUUGCAGUGACAAAAGGUGCAUCCCUGUAGAGCUGCAGUGUGACCAGUUGGAUGACUGCGGAGAUGGUUCCGAUGAGCAAGGCUGCAGAAAGACUUCCACUGAACACACCUGUGAGGACAGUAUGAAUCCAUGUGGAGAUGAUGCAUAUUGUAAUCAAAUAAAAACAUCUGUUUUCUGCCGCUGUAAGCCUGGAUUUCGGAGAAACAUGAAAAGCAGACAGUGCGAAGAUCUUAAUGAAUGUUCGGUGUUUGGUGUGUGUUCCCACCAAUGCAUAAACAUAGAAGGAUCGUAUAAAUGUGUCUGUGACCAGAAUUUUCACAAAAGAAAUAAUACCUGUGUAGCAAAAGGCUCUGAAGAUCACGUUCUCUACAUUGCUAAUGACACUGAUAUCCUGGGUUUUAUAUAUCCAUUCAACUACAGUGGCGGUCAUCAACAAAUUUCUCAUAUUGAACAUAAUUCAAGGAUAACAGGGAUGGAUGUAUAUUAUCAAAGAAAUAUGAUUAUUUGGAGUACUCAGUUUAAUCCAGGCGGAAUUUUCUACAAAAUGAUCGAUGGCAGGGAGAAAAGGCAAGCGAACAGUGGCUUGAUUUGUCCUGAAUUUAAAAGGCCCCGAGAUAUUGCAGUUGACUGGGUUGCAGGCAAUAUCUAUUGGACAGAUCAUUCUAGAAUGCACUGGUUCAGUUACUACACCACUCACUGGACCAGUCUGAGGUACUCCAUCAAUGUAGGACAGCUGAAUGGUCCCAACUGCACCAGACUCUUGACAAACAUGGCUGGCGAGCCCUAUGCUAUUGCUGUAAAUCCUAAAAGAGGGAUGAUGUACUGGACUGUAAUUGGGGACCACUCCCACAUAGAGGAAGCUGCCAUGGAUGGUACUCUGAGAAGGAUUUUAGUGCAAAAGAACUUACAAAGACCCACAGGUUUGGCUGUGGAUCUCUUUGGUGAGCGUAUAUACUGGGCUGACUUUGAGCUCUCUGUCAUCGGCAGUGUUUUGCACGAUGGCUCUGGUUCAGUGGUCUCUGUCAGCAGCAAGCAAGGUUUGCUUCAUCCACACAGGAUUGAUGUCUUUGAAGAUCAUAUAUAUGGAGCAGGACCUAAAAAUGGUGUAUUUAGAGUACAGAAAUUUGGCCAUGGCUCAGUAGAGUUCCUAGCCUUAGAUGUUGAUAAAACAAAAGGUGUUUUGAUUUCCCAUCAAUAUAAACAACUAGAUUUACCCAAUCCUUGCUUGGAUUUGUCAUGUGAUUUUCUCUGCUUGCUGAAUCCUUCUGGGGCCAGCUGCAUCUGCCCAGAAGGAAAGUAUCUGAUGAACGGAAGCUGCAGCGAUGGUAGCCUGUUAGAUGAUUCCUGUAAACUGACAUGUGAAAAUGGAGGAAGGUGUACUUUGAAUGAGAAGGGAGAUCUGAGGUGUCACUGUUGGCCCAGUUACUCAGGAGGAAGGUGUGAAGUCAACCACUGUAGCAACUACUGUCAGAAUGGAGGCACUUGCAUACCAUCCAUUUUAGGAAGGCCCACUUGCAUCUGUGCCUUGGGCUUUACUGGGCCAAACUGUGGUAAAGCAGUCUGUGAAGAUUCUUGUCACAAUGGUGGGAGCUGCGUUGUGACUGCUGGGAAUCAACCUUACUGCCAUUGCCAGACAGACUACACUGGAGACAGAUGCCAGUACUAUGUGUGUCAGCACUACUGUGUGAAUUCAGAAUCCUGUGCCAUUGGCAGUGAUGGAAGUGUUGAAUGUGUCUGUCCAACACGCUAUGAAGGACCAAAAUGCGAGGUUGACAAAUGUAUACGGUGCCAUGGGGGACACUGUAUUAUAAAUAAAGAUGAUGAAGAUAUUUUUUGCAACUGCACUAAUGGAAAGAUUGCCUCUAGCUGUCAGUUAUGUGACGGCUACUGUUACAACGGGGGCACGUGCCAGCUAGACCCUGAGACUAAUGUACCUGUGUGUCUAUGCUCCACUAACUGGUCAGGUACACAGUGUGAAAGGCCAGCCCCAAAGAGCAGCAAGUCUGAUCAUAUCAGCACAAGAAGCAUUGCCAUCAUUGUGCCUCUGGUCCUUUUGGUCACAUUGGUAACCACCUUAGUGAUUGGUUUGGUGCUUUGUAAGAGAAAAAGAAGAACAAAAACAAUUCGAAGACAACCCAUCAUCAAUGGUGGAAUAAAUGUAGAAAUUGGCAAUCCAUCAUAUAACAUGUAUGAAGUGGAUCAUGACCACAGCGAUGGGGGUCUUCUUGAACCCAGCUUCAUGGUAGAUCCAACAAAGGCUAGGUAUAUAGGGGGAGGGCCCAGUGCUUUCAAGCUUCCACACACAGUGCCGCCCAUCUACCUAAACUCUGAUUUGAAAGGACCACUAACUUCUGGGCCAACAAAUUAUUCCAAUCCGGUGUAUGCAAAAUUGUAUAUGGAUGGACAGAACUGUCGAAACUCCUUAGGAAGUGUUGAUGAACGAAAAGAACUUCUUCCAAAGAAACUAGAAAUUGGCAUCAGAGAGACCGUGGCUUAAGGAAUGAUACUUUUCUAUGCUGUACAAAUGUAUAAAAUAUAAGGAUUACUUUUGUAUGUUCCAACAGUAUUAUACUUGUUUUAGCAUCAGCAUUAUCUCUUUAUCUUUCUCCUGGUUAAUUGUUUUCUGAGGUUUCUGGGUUUUAUUUUUGCUGAUGACUAUCGAUUGACCAUUUGUAUGGUAUUUUUAUGAAAAAGAACUGCACUACAGUACAAUUUACAACAAUGCUGCUGAUAUGACACACCUUUGAAUUUGUUAAAAUUAAAAACAACAUAUUCCUUUGUAGUGUUAAU